GUAUUGUGCAAAAAAUAAAAAGGAGACACGUCGAAUGCCAUUUCUCCACACACCAACUUCAUUCACCAUGGACAAACUGGCUCCAUUUCACCAUAGCCCGCCUCUACUUCAAAACCACAAGCCAAAACCAAUUAGAACCCAUUCAUCACCAUCUCUUUCUGUUGCUCUCACAACAACCUCGUCCCUUGAAACUACACCUAGGCCUUCACAUGUACCGAAUCUUGGCUCUUUAAAUGGCUCCACUGCUGAUAGCAAUACUUUGGACUCAGUUAAAGCAACGCAUGCCCAGAUGAUAAAAAAGGGUAAAAAAUGGAAUUCAGAUUCUAUGGCGAAGCAUUUGAUCACUUCUUAUUUAGAACUUGGUGAUUGCAAGUCAGCUGCAGUGGUUUUUUUUGUGGGUUUUGCGCGGAACUAUGUCAUGUGGAAUAAUUUCUUGGAGGAGUUCAAGAGCUUUGGUGGUGAUCCAAGUGAAGUUCUUGAGGUCUUUAAAGAAUUGCAUUGUGAAGGAGUGGUGUUUGAUAGUAGAGUGAUUAGUGUGGUUUUGAAGAUUUGCGCUAGUGUGAUGAAUUUAUGGCUUGGUUUGGAAGUACAUGCUAGUUUGAUCAAGAGGGGUUUUGAAUUAGAUGUGUAUGUGAGGUGUGCACUAAUGAAUUUUUAUGGGAGGUGUUGGUGUGUGGAAAGUGCUAAUCAAGUGUUUCAUGAACCCCGCAAUUUAGAUGAUCUCUUGUGGAACGAGGCAAUCUUGGUCAACUUGAAGAAUGAGAGAUUUGUUAAGGCUCUAGAAUUGUUUAGAGAGAUGCAGUUCUUGACUAGUAAAGUUAAUGCUACUACAGUUUUGAAGAUUCUGCAAGCUUGUAGCAAGAAGGGGGCUCUCAAUGAAGGGAAGCAGAUUCACGGGUAUGUGUUAAAGCUUGCUAUGGAAUCAAAUUUGUCGAUAUGCAAUUCUUUGAUUAUCAUGUACUCUAGGAAUGGCAAAAUCAAACUAGCUAGCAGGGUAUUUGAUUCAAUGAAAGAUCAUAGUUUGUCCUCAUGGAAUUCAAUUAUCUCAAGUUAUACUACACUUGGUUACUUGAAUGAUGCUUGGAAUCUUUUCUGUAAAAUGGAAAGGUCAGGCACAAAACCAGACAUAAUAACCUGGAAUAGCAUAUUAUCAGGCAAUGCUAUUGUUAGUUCAUAUAAAGAAGUCCUCAUAAUUUUGCGGAGGAUGCAAGCUGCGGGUUUUAGGCCAAAUCCUCGCUCCAUUACUAGCGUUCUUCAAGCUGUCAUUGAACCGGGGCUCCUGAAUUGCGGGAAAGAAAUUCAUGCUUAUGUGAUAAGAAAUGGGCUUGACUAUGAUGCAUACGUGGGAACUUCAUUGUUAGACAUGUAUGUGAAGAAUGACUGCCUCACCAGUUCUCAGGCGAUUUUUGAUAAUAUGAAAAACAAGAAUAUUGUUGCUUGGAAUUCAUUAAUAUCAGGGUAUUCGUUCAAGGGACAUUUUGACCAUGCAAAAAGAUUGUUGAAUCGUAUGAAAGAGGAAGGAAUUAAACCAGAUCUCAUUACAUGGAACAGCCUGGUUGCCGGGUAUUCAAUGCGUGGCCACACUAAGGAAGCUUUAGCUUUGAUUCAUGAUAUCAAAAUUUCGGGAUUGACACCAAAUGUGGUUUCAUGGACUGCUCUCAUAUCAGGCUGUUCACAGAAUGGUAACUACUCGGAAUCUAUUGAGGCUUUUGUCCAAAUGCAAGAAGAAGGUAUUAAGCCAAACUCUGCCACUAUAUCCAGCUUACUUAGGACUUGUGGGGGCCUAUCCUUGUUACAGAAGGGUAAAGAAAUUCACUGCCUAAGUAUUAGAAAAAGCUUCAUUGAAGAUUUAUAUGUAGCUACAGCACUCAUUGACACGUACAGUAAGUCAGGCGAUUUAGAAAGUGCUCAUAAAGUUUUCUGGAGUGCAGAGAAGACAUUAGCAUCUUGGAAUUGCAUGAUUAUGGGAUUUGCCAUUAAUGGCUGUGGAAGAGAGGUGAUUGCACUCCUUGAUGGAAUGCAAAGAGCUGGUAUCUUGCCAGAUGCUAUAACCUUCACAGCCCUCCUCUCUGGUUGCAAGAACUCUGGUUUAGUUGAAGAGGGAUGGAAAUGCUUUGAUAUGAUGAGCAACGACUAUGGUAUAAAACCAACCAUUGAGCAUUAUUCUUGCAUGGCAGAUCUUCUUGGAAGAGCUGGCUACCUUGAUGAAGCUUGGGACUUCAUUCAAACAAUGCCAGUAAAGCCAGAUGCUAGUGUUUGGGGUGCCAUGCUUGGAUCUUGCCGAAUCCACAGAAACAUUGAGUUUGCAGAGAUUGCAGCGAAGGAACUUUUCAAGUUAGAACCAUAUAAUUCUGCUAACUACGUUCUGAUGUUGAGCUUAUAUGCCAUGUCAAACAGAUGGGAGGAUGUUGACCGUAUUAAAGAUCUCAUGGAUACCAGGGGUAUUAAGCCCAGGCAAGUAUGGAGCUGGAUUCAAAUUGAUCAGAGAGUUCAUCUGUUCUCUGCUGGAGGAAUACCCCAUCAAGAUGAAGGAGAGAUAUACUAUGAGUUGUAUCAGUUGGUCUCUGAACUGAAGAAAUUUGGAUAUUUGCCAGAUGUAAACUGCGUAUACCAGAACAUUGACGAGGAAGAAAAGGUGAAGAUGCUCCUAAGUCACACUGAGAAACUUGCAAUUACUUAUGGACUAAUCAAAACCACAAGUAGCGCACCAAUCAGAGUGAUCAAGAACACAAGAAUUUGUUCUGAUUGUCACACAGCAGCAAAACUCAUUUCCCUUGUUCGCAGUAGAGAGAUUUUCCUCAGGGAUGGUGUUCGGUUUCACCAUUUUAAGGCAGGGAAGUGUUCUUGCAACGACUACUGGUAACAAUAUUGGUCAUUCAUUGUUCAAGAGUCUACCCCAUUACUCUGUGUACAGCCUUCUCAAAUAAUGGGAUACAUCAUAACAAAAGUUUGACGGAUAGCGGUAGGGGAAUACUCGGGUCUAGCUUCAACAGCGUCAAGCUCGGAUGAAUGUAGAACCAAUAGAGAAUCCGACCAGAGGAGCAAGCAAAUGUAAAUUUUGUAAUAUGAACUGUUGAGUUUUUGUAAGGGUCUUUUAUCUAUAGAUAGAACUGUUAUUUACAAAAUCUUGCUACAUAAUGAAUUACAGUGCUAGCUUCUACUUGUUUUA